CGCCGUUCUACCCUUUAAUAUCUUACAUGAGUUUUCGACAAGCAGCUGUUCUUUCUCCAGUGUCAUUUUUCCUCGGCAUCUUAUUCAUCUGUUUCAAUGUUGACUGGCGUUUGUUAUGGGGAGAACUCUCGCAAGAAGAUAUUAAAGACGGGUUUCAAUUCUACACGAUAUUCUACAGUGCACCUCCUGCCAUCAAGGCCUUACUCCAUGGAUUGAUGGGAGUCGGAAUGCUGGGUUUGGUAUCCAAAUUACACAAAUGGGACGAUAGUGCAAUGUUCUUUGACGGAACAAGUCUGGGCAUAUAUGUCUUUGGAAUGGCAGUGUACAUUACUGUAAUUGUACCGAUGCUCGGGACGACUGUAGCUGCUUCUGUAACGGAAUCUGACAGGAUUGAAGCGAUGAGAGUGCUUUCUGCGGCGAAUGUCAUCGUCGUGAUUUGCCUGGGCGCGAUUCUAACUCUCCAAGCUGGACAGGUAUAUGUAAAUCGUACGGUGUUGAAAGAGCAAAAAGUUUCGGCGACCAAAAAAUUACAGUAGUUACACCUUUCUGUGGUAAUAUAUCGCUGAUUCUCUCC